UAUCGUCUUUUGCAGCUUUUGUGCAGCAUUAUUUUUAUGAUUUUAAUAAACUGCAAUUAUUAGCUAUACCCAAAAGAGUUUAGUUCAGUUUCUUUCCAUUAUUGACUACACGGUUAAUGUGUUAAUGGAUGGCCUGCAAGUGGUUGCAAGUCCAUAUUGUAUUCACAUGACCUUUCCUAAGUUGGACUGUUUUAGAACCAACCAAUUUACAUAGUAAACUGUGAUGAAUGAAUAUAUGACAUUUUGAGAGGUGUUUUGUUUUUUCUUUUUUUUUGAGAUAAAGGCACUCCAUGCAUGCGCUGAACGAAUAGAUGUGUUUUUUUUAAACCUUCUUUAUUAACCUUGUUUAUUUCCAGGCUGUUUUGUCUUUGUUUAAACACGUAAAAGCCAGCUCUCAGAGUUUUGAACUCAAAUGUUUGUCCCCUCAUUAGACCUCUUAUUUAAAAUUAUAUCAUCUCAUAUAUAAACUGAAUUUAAAAAUUGAUGUUGCUUCUGAAACGAGCUUAUAUUAAUCAGAUAUAUUCAGACGGAUAUUAAAUGCACAAUGUAGAAAGACGCAUCUGCAUGUUUGUAUAUUCCGCUAUCUACAUUAAAACGAAACAGAUGUUUACAUUCAAAUUUCUCUAUGAGUGUGAUCUGUCAUGUGAGUAAGCAAUUGGUGAACUCAUUUGUCCAGAGCACCAUGAGGGCUUUUUAGCAUCUCAGAAAUCAAUACCGUGAGAUCAAUGGGUCUCUGCUGAAGUGCUUUUCCCUCGCACAAUCUGUGUCACAUGUACACGGGGACACAAAAGAACCGCAAAAAAGGGCCACGAAGACCUCACAUCGAGCUUUGCAGCUGGAAAGAAAACUUAAAAAUAGCAUUCAAAGAGAACAUUUCUAAGGAUAGACUGCAAAAUGACCAACUUUACAGAUGAAGAUCUGGACAACUAUUUGCAAAAUCAGGUGACCUAUUUAUGCUGUCACGGGCACUGAGAUCUAAAACACACUAAAGUAUUAACUUUAACCGAAUCUUGUUGUCUAUUUUAUUUUAGUCUGGUAAGAGUUUGUUCCAUUCAGAUAGCUCAUUAAAUAGGCUGAUUGCUUCGGUUUGUUUGCAAGAUGCUAAUUUGCUCUGUUGCGCUGUUUGUUAAUGGUGGCCGAAUGUGUUAUUGUCAGGUGGAUCUCAGGCAUCGUCAGGUUUCAAAGUCUGUAGAAGAUGUGCAAAAAAUCAUUAAAGAUCUUACAGCUGAGGUCAGCUCAAAGGAUGCUCGUUUCCAGUCCAUUGCAAACUCUGGAGUUCAUAAUGUCAGCCUCAAAGACCAGUCGGCUUUAGUGUCAAAAUGGUCUGCAUUACUCAGAGGAAGAUGUGCAUACAACCCUGCCAUCCAAGUGCUCACUCCAACUCUGUUCCUGAUUUCGGUGCCUCUACAGGGUCUGAUUGGCUAUAAGGAGAGGAGAGCGCGCCAGUGGCGUUACUACACGCUGAGCGGAUCUCGUCUCCUCUCGCCGGUCCGUGAGCCAGAGAAGCUCCACCAGUGGCUGGAGCUGGAGAGUUUCGUAAAUCCGAGUCAGGAGUGGCACGAUGCCCGCAUGAUCAUUGAGGGUGAUAUUGUGCCAGCAAAGGUGGUGAACAUCUUCAGAGAGCAUCUAGAGGCAUCCAUAAAGACCUGCGGCCUAACAAGUAAGGUGAGUAUUCUGGAAUCGGUUGGGGCAGUGGUGCGUGUUGCUGUGGAAACAUCAGAGGCACAAAUUGAGGUGGAAUUGGUUCCUACGGUGGAGCUAAUGAACUACUGGCCGAAGAGAGCUAGGUGGCCUCGGCUCUUUCGAAGAUGGCCCUCCACAGACCGAGCUCGCUGUAUUAAGUCUUUUGGAUUCAAUCUAAUGGCCACAUCAAACUACCACUGGCUGCUGUCAUUCUCACGGGCAGAGCAGGUGCUGAUGAGCAAUAUAGAUGAGGACGGCGGCUACCGCAGGAAGUGUUAUCGGGUGGUCAGACAGCUCAAAGAGGACGUCUGGUGUCCUGGAAGCAAACCCGUCAUCACUGCCUACCACCUACAGACGCUGCUUUUCUGGACAUGUGAGAAGUACCCCUGCACCAGGGACUGGAGAGACUUCAGAGGAUGUGUAUUACGGCUGGUGCAAAAGCUACAUAAGUGUGUCAGUCAGCAUUACCUCCGACAUUACUUUGUGCGAUCCCACAAUCUUCUGAAAUACAGCAAUACCAAUGAGCUUGAUGACGUGGCAAAGAAGAUCAAUAAUUUCCUGGACAACCCCGGAACAUACCUUCAUUAGAAGCUUCCUCUAUGGGUUAGAUGGCAUAAAUCUAUGUUAGCUGUGCUCUGUUCUGACUGCAUCAUAUUGAUGAGAUGAUCAUGGUAAUAGGCUGUGGUUGGAUGAAGUGAGUAUGCAUGUAUAUGUCUAUCUGAUCCUGAAAUCUUCGCCAGAGUUAUGAUGUCAGUUUUUUUUUUUUUUUUUAAGUUUUUUUGAUUGAUUGAUAAAUGCUGAAUUAAAUAAUGAAGUUAAAUAUUUUCUCAUCAAAAAAUGCACCAUUUUUAUUUUAUUUUUUUAAAUGAUCAGUGCCCUUUUUUUUGGACAAAGAUGGACCGUUCAAAUAAGAUAUUUGAGUCCUUAAACCUAUUACAGGAACGCUUAGAUUUCAUCUGUUCCAGUAGAGGGCACUGUGAUUACAGCAACACGUGGUACA